AUGCCUUCUGCAAGCGACAAAAGUGAGCCCCAAAUUUGCCUUUUCUUCUUUUCUCUUUCUCCUGUUUUCUCUUAUUUUUUAUUUAACCUAUUUUUCCUAAUUCUUCUUCUUCUUCUUCUUCUUCUUCUUCUUCUUCUUUUUCUUCUUCUUUGUACGUUUCCCUCCCAUCCAAUUAUUUUCUUUUCUUCUUCUUCUUCUUUGAGUACGGUUUCCCUACGAUCUCAUUCAUUUUUCAUUAUUUAUUCCUUUCAUUCUUUCUUUUAUUCUGUUUUCUUUCUUUCUUUCUUUCUUUCUUUCUUUCUUUCUUUCUUUCUUUCUUUCUUCGCUUUUCCGUCCCAUCCAAUUCUUUUCUUUCUUUCUUUCUUUCUUUCUUUCUUUCUUUCUUUCUUCACGAAGGUUUCCCGGCCCAUUUCAUUCUUUUCCUUUCAUUCUUCUUUCUUCGUGAACAUUUUCCCUCCCAUCUCGUUGCUUCUUUCUUUCUUUCUUUCUUUCUUGCUUUCUUUCUUUCUUUCUUUCUUUCUUUCUUUGCAGGCGUUUCCCUUACCACUUCUUUCUUUCUUUCUUUCUUUCUUUCUUUCUUUCUUUCUUUCUUUCUUUCUUGAAGGUUUCCCGGCCCAUUUCAUUCUUUUCCUUUCAUUCUUCUUUCUUCGUGAACAUUUUCCCUCCAUCUCAUUGCUUCUUUCUUUCUUUCUUUCUUUCUUUCUUUCUUUUCUUUCUUUCUUUCUUUCUUUCUUUGCAGGCGUUUUUACCACUUCUUUCUUUCUUUCUUUCUUUCUUUUUCUGAAGGUUUCCCGGCCCAUUUCAUUUCUUUUCCUUUCAUUCUUCUUUCUUCGUGAACAUUUUCCCUCCCCAUCUCGUUCUUCUUUCUUUCUUUCUUUCUUUUCUUGCUUUCUUUCUUUCUUUCUUUCUUUCUUUCUUUGCAGGCGUUUCCCUUAUUCACUUCUUUCUUUCUUUUCUUUCUUUUCUUUCUUUCUUUCUUUCUUCACGAAGGCGUUUCCUUUUCAUUCUUCUUUCUUUCUUUCUUUUUCUUUCUUUCUUUCUUUCUUUCUUUCUUUCUUUCUUCUUUCUUUUUCCCGGCCUUUUUCAUUCUUUUUCUUUCAUUUCUUCUUUCUUCGUGAACAUUUUUCCCUUUCUUUCUUUCUUUCUUUCUUUCUUUCUUUCUUUUCUUUCUUUCUUUCUUUCUUUCUUUCUUUGCAGGCGUUUCCUUACCACUUCUUUCUUUUCUUUUUCUUUCUUUCUUUCUUUCUUUCUUUCUUUCUUUCAAAGGUUUCCCAGCCCAUUUCAUUCUUUUCCUUUCAUUCUUCUUUCUUCAUUAGACAUUUUCCUUCCCAUCUCGUUGCUUCUUUCUUUUUCUUUCUUUCUUUCUUUUUCUUUCUUUCUUUCUUUCUUUCUUUGCAGGCGUUUCCCUUACCACUUCUUUCUUUAUUUCUUUCUUUCUUUCUUUCUUUCUUUCUUUCUUUUCUUUCUUCGAAGGUUUCCCGGCCCAUUUCAUUCUUUUUCCUUUCAUUCUUCUUUCUUCGUAGACAUUUUUUCCUCCCAUCUCGUUUUCUUUCUUUCUUUCUUUCAUUUUCUUUCUUUCUUUCUUUCUUUCUUUCUUUCGUUUUCUUUUCAGGCGUUUCUUUUCUCCUUUUCAUUUCUUCUUCUUUCUUUCUUUCUUUCUUUCUUUCUUUCUUUCUUUCUUUCCCCACGAAGGUUUCCCGACCCAUUUCAUUCUUUUCCUUUCAUUCUUCUUUCUUCGUGAACAUUUUCCCUCGUAUCUCGUUCCUUCCUUCUUUCUUUCCUUCUUUCUUUCUUUCUUUCUUUCUUUCUUUCUUUCUUUCUAGUACGUUUUGCUUACAAUCUCAUUCCUUUCUUUCUUUCUUUCUUUUUUUCUUUCUUUCUUUGCAGGCGUUUCCCUUCCCACUUCUUUCUUUCUUUCUUUCUUUUUUUCUAGUACGUUUUGCUUACCAUCUCAUUUCCUUUCUUUCUUUCUUUCUUUCUUUCUUUUCUUUCUUUCUUUCUUUGCAGGCGUUUCCUUCCCAGUUUCUUUCUUUUUUUCCCCUUUUUAGUUUCCCGGCCCAUUUCAUUCUUUUCCUUUCAUUCUUCUUUCUUCGUGAACAUUUUCCCUCGUAUCUCUUUCCUUCCUUCUUUCUUUCCUUCUUUCUUUCUUUCUUUCUUUCUUUCUUUCUUUGCAGGCUACGUUUUGCUUACCAUCUCAUUCAUUUCUUUCUUUCUUUAUUUCUUUCUUUCUUUCUUUCUUUCUUUCUUUGCAGGCGUUUCCCUUCCCACUUCUUUCUUUCUUUCUUUCCCCACGAAGGUUUCCCGACCCAUUUCAUUCUUUUCCUUUCAUUCUUCUUUCUUCAUGAAUAUUUUCCAUCCCAUCUCUACGUUUUGCUUACCAUCUCAUUCCUUUCUUUCUUUCUUUCUUUCUUUCUUUCUUUCUUUCUUUCUUUCUUUCUUUCUAGUACGUUUUGCUUAACAUCUCAUUCCUUUCUUUCUUUCUUUCUUUCUUUCUUUCUUUCUUUGCAGGCGUUUCCCUUCCCACUUCUUUCUUUCUUUCUUUCUUUCUUUCUUUCCCCACGAAGUACGUUUCCCUUACCAUCUCAUUUCCUUUCUUUCUUUCUUUUUCUUUUCUUUCUUUCUUUCUUUGCAGGCGUUCCCUUCCUUCUUUCUUUCUUUCUUUCUUUCUUUUCUUUUUCUUUCCUGAAGGUUUCCCGACCCAUUUCAUUCUUUUUCCUUUCAUUCUUCUUUCUUCAUGAAUAUUUUCCUCCCAUCUCGUUCCUUCCUUCUUUCUUUCUUUCUUUCUUUCUUUCUUUCUUUCUUUUCUUUCUAGCGUUUCCUUCCCACUUCUUUCUUUCUUUCUUUCCCCACGAAGGUUUCCCGACACAUUUCAUUCUUUUCCUUUCAUUCUUCUUUCUUCAUGAAUAUUUUCCCUCCCAUCUCGUUCCUUCCUUCUUUCUUUCUUUCUUUCUUUCUUUCUAUACGUUUUGCUUAACAUCUCAUUCCUUUCUUUCUUUCUUUCUAUCUUUCUUUCUUUCUUUCUUUCUUUCUUCCUUUCUUUGCAGGCGUUUCCCUUCCCACUUCUUUCUUUCUUUCUUUCCUCACGAAGGUUUCCAGACCCAUUUCAUUCUUUUCCUUUCAUUCUUCUUUCUUCAUGAAUAUUUUCCCACCCAUCUCGUUCCUUCCUUCUAUCUUUCUUUCUUUCUUUCUUUCUUUCUUUCUUUCCCCACGAAGGUUUCCCGACCCAUUUCAUUCUUUUCCUUUCAUUCUUCUUUCUUCGUGAACAUUUUCCCUCCCAUCUCGCGUUUCCCUUCCCACUUCUUUCUUUCUUUCUUUCCCCGCGAAGGUUUCCCGACCCAUUUCAUUCUUUUCCUUUCAUUCUUCUUUCUUCGUGAACAUUUUCCCACCCAUCUCGUUCCUUCCUUCUUUCUUUCUUUCUUUCUUUCUUUCUUUCUUUCUUUCUUUCUUUCUUUCUUUCCCCACGAAGGUUUCCCGACCCAUUUCAUUCUUUUCCUUUCAUUCUUCUUUCUUCAUGAAUAUUUUCCCACCCAUCUCGUUCUUCCUUCUUUCUUUCUUUUCUUUAUUUCUUUCUUUCUUUCUUUCUUUUCUUUUUUUCUUUCCCUCGAAGGUUUCCCGACCCAUUUCAUUCUUUUCCUUUCAUUCUUCUUUCUUCGUGAACAUUUUCCCUCCCAUCUCGUUCCUUCCUUCUUUCUUUCUUUUCUUUCUUUCUUUCUUUCUUUCUUUCUUUCUUUGCUUUCCGUUUCCCUUCCCACUUCUUUCUUUCUUUCUUCCCCACGAAGGUUUCAUUGA